AUGAUACCGAAUCUGCCUUUGCCGCCGUUAGAAGCGGCCGCCGUCUCUGCAUCGAACAAUGCUACUGUCGAAGUUUCGCUGACAGCGAGCAAAGCUACAACAACACCCGACUCCUCGUACACCGCUGCGGCCAUGGGACCACGUCCGGGUUUCCAGGAUGCCACUGUGCUGCUAGCCUCUGCAUGCUCCGAGCUGCAACCUGGUCAGAUGGUGGCUGUUCCUGAAUUCACGCUGAUGGACUCGAUGGCCGCAGUCAAGAUUAUGGAUGCUAGAAUGGAUUCGGGCAUGGAACUGCCUGCUUCGGAGCUGCCAGAGUCGGACCGCCUGGACAACAGCUCGCCAACAACAUCGACGGCCGACUUUGAUCCUUUUCAGCCUCUCGAUGUCGCCGACGUUCUCUGGAUCAUGGAUCGUCUCCUUGCUUGCGAAGCAGCGUGGCACCAAGGAUCGGGCCUUUCACAGACGCUCUACACAUGCCUCUAUUUUCACAACAUCAAACUUCUUUCGCACAAGCACCCACGCUUUCAAACGUCAUCGCAAUCGACGAAGGAAACCGAAACAUCUGCAAGUAACACGCAAGUGACAGGCUCUUCGGCCGCAAAGCAGCAACCACCGUUAGAGCUGGUCUACAAGGUAUUGAGAGCCUUUCUCCUCGCUACGGUCAAGACCAUCGACAUUGCCUGGUCCGAGCUCACGUCCAAGCAGCACCUACAGGACGGCGAAGACUACUCUGCUGAAAAGAAUGGCUUGAGCCUGCUCGAGACGACAGAUACUGGAUACAUCAUUGUCGAAGUCGAGGAUGCUUUGGAGUGGCUUCAGUCACAAACGACCGCGCUGGCUAAUGAGCAGAUCGAGUCGCUCAGGGUUAGGCUCAACUUUCGCAAGCAGAUGCUCUACGCCGUCCGUCUCUUGCAGACGCCAGCCGAGGCUGCACCUAUCGACGUGGUCAUGCACACCAAGUUCGCAAGGCGCCAUUGGGCUCUCCUUUGUCCAAUCUCUAACGCUGAGGUCGCAAACGAGACACAAUCAGAAUCGCAAGAACCGACGAGGCACUCGAAUAGUGAUGCGACAACCGGCCUGGUCUUGCACCUUCCCAAUCGCAAUGCUGCACCAUCCGCAGCGUCAUUGUCAGCCUUUGACCCUGCUUACAACCGGCGACUGGCCUGGUGCCAAGCGCUUCGGCCGAUCUCGCUUCCAAGUCCUGAUGAAACCUGGACGGUCAUGGAUGGCAUUCUUGAAGAGCUUCAAGAUGUCAUUCGUGUUCUGCAGCAUCCCAGCUUUCUCUCAUGGAAGACGUUCUUCACGCAUCGCGCUAUCAAGUAUCAAGCUUCGCAGCCUUUGUUUGCGACUCCAUACAUCCGAUCGUUAUUCCAGACUGCCGUCUGCGAUCGCAAUAUGAUCGCAAGCCGACUGUCAUUGGAAUGGAUGGCCGAGACCUUUUUUCAAGAAGUUGCUCUGAUAGAUCCUCUUCUCCUACGUCGCGCCUCAAGGAUUGGGCGCAACAACGUCGAAGGUAUUUCGCACACGCUUUGGAACGCCUCGCCUCCUCUGGGACAACGCGUUCACUACUUCAUGCAAAGAGUCGCCGGACAACUCGUUCAGUAUCUUUGCACACUUUCGCAGAAUCGGGCACGCUGCAAACGUACGAUGGCUUCGAGGGUGUACCGCGAAUGGGUCAGCAUCUCGGAAGAAGCAAGUGCGAUCGGACGCGAACUCGAAGCUUGUCUCGCACCGGGCGAACGGUACAUGCCCGACUCGCUCUUUGCAGCAGCGCAAUACUUGGCGCUCGAAGUCAUGUCGCAGAUCACCUUUUCCGGCUUCGAGCUCGAUCUCUACAGUCGUGGCACCGAUCGCGAGUCGAUGUGGUGGCUCGCAAGCCGCAUCCAAGUGGAGCAAAAGAUUGUCUGCGGCGACCUCCGAGAUGAGUUGUCCAAGUGGCUCGAACAUUGCUCACCGGAUUCACGACCUCGCAAGUAUGCAGCGACGAUCCUGUAUUUGUCACGCCAAAACCUCUUGGCACGAGCAUUAGAACAGCUUGCGAUCAGUACCAUCUUCCUGAUGCAUCUGUCUGAGAGACUUGAGAAGGGAACCGCAGAACGCACAAAGCCUCGCUCGUGGCCGCUAAGCCCAGAGGACGACUCUGCUGGGUUGGAGCUGGCAAAGACUGUCUUUGCCAGCAGGACCAAAUGGGCACGGUCGACAGCUGCAAGACGCUAUGAUGCGGAUGGCAGGAUGGAGGAGCAUGAAGCGGACGACGUGCUUUGGCAAGAGUACGCAGCAUUCCGAGGCGAACUGGACGUCACAGACGCCUCAAGUCUAUCGAAGAUUACAAUCGACAGGCUGGACGAAGCCAUCAUGCACCUGGAAAACCUUGCCAGCACGUUCGCUGCUGCUGAGAAGAAACAUGAGCUAGGAGCGCAGGGUAUGAGUGACUUGGCUACAUCGCUCUUGGCAACUGCGCGUCACAACCGGAUCACUUUGGAGACAGUAUCUCAGAGCAAUGGCGCAUGUACGCCUUCGAAGGAUGACUCGGAGUCGAGCUUGUCCCAAGAAACACAGCAAUCACGACACGAAUGGGUGUUCGAGCAUCCUUGGCUUCCAAAAUGGAUUGUCAUUCGGUGA